GGACCGAACCGGUUGAACCGGACCCUAACCGGGCUGUCGGUUCAACCGGACCAGCCCUUUUAAGUGAACCCAAGCCCUUCAUCCCCUUCAUUCCAACAGAAACGAAGCUUUCAGCUUCCAGGGGAGGGAAGAACGAGAAAAAAAUCCCGUAACCCUCACGUUACUUUCCAAAUCCCGUAACUCCUCCGUUCGAGCUCCGAUCGCCGCACCGUUUGUGGCCACGCGUUCACCGCGUCGAGCUCUACAUUUCUACCGGAAUAAUUUUAUAGGAUCCAAUUAGCUUGAGAGAAACGUUCACUCUUGCUUAUGUGAAGCUUGGGUAAGGGACCAGAUGUCGACUCGCGGACGCGGUCGCGAGCGAGGUAGAGGUAGGACAGGCACCGUUACUCCUGCGUCCAUAGGGACUGAUCCAGUAGACUUUAUGGCUGCCCUGGGAAAUAUGGCUGCAGCUAUGCAGGCAACAGCUGAGGCAUUGGGUAAUCAUGGGAACAAUAAUGAUGAGGAUGGUCCUAUGACACUUGCUACAUUUCUGAAAGUUCGCCCUCCGACUUUUAGGGGAACCUCAAAUCCCACUGACGCAGAUAAUUGGAUUCAGGCUAUGGAAAGGGCGUUACAGGCACAACAGGUUCCUGAAGAGCAAUGGGUUGAAUUUGGGACUUAUCAGUUGCAAGGUGAAGCUCAGUAUUGGUGGCAGGGAACACGACGUAUCCUGCAGCCUGAUGGUGCUGCGAUUCCUUGGGAGGUUUUUCGGACAGAGUUCUAUAAGAAAUACUUUCCUAAUUCAGCUAGAAAUACCAAGGAACUUGAAUUAAUGCAGUUAAAGCAGGGACAAAUGACUGUUGCUGAGUAUACCAGUAAAUUUGAGGAGUUAUGUCGCUUUUCUCGUAUCUAUCAAGGUGCACCUGAAGAUUUUGCUGAAUGGAAGUGUAUUAAAUAUGAGGGAGGUCUUCGGAGCGAUAUUCUGAGCUUCGUUGCCCCAAUGGAGAUUAGGGUGUUUUCUGAAUUGGUGAAUAAGAGUAGGGUGGCUGAGGAUUGUGUGAGGAAGGCGGCAGCAGAGAAAGGGAGUUUGAGGAUGCCUUUUUAGAGGCCUUCAGGGAGGAACUUUGCUCCGAGAGGUAGGAAUUUCAAGCGUGGAGGCUUUGUUUCGCAGCAGACUCAGGGUCAGGGUAAUUAUAGAAGGCCGAAUAUUAUUGCUAAUCAAGGAAAAAGGUUUGGGAAGCAGCCACAGCAGGAUCUGAAUUGUCAGAAGUGUGGAAAAUAUCAUCCUGGAGUUCCGUGUAGAUUAGGACUUGGAGUGUGCUAUUCCUGUGGACAGCCCGGGCAUAUAGCCAGUAAUUGUCCUGAGAAGAAGAAGUAUGAGACUGGUAGGGUGCAACAGCCGGGGAGAGUAUACACUACUUCUACCAUUGGUGCUGAGGGAUCUGAGACACUUAUUAGAG